UGCUUUAUAAAAAGGGAACGCCUCCCCACGUACGAUUUGCUGUUGCAUUAUUGCAAGAAUUUGGAUCAGCUCUACCAUAUUUUGUGGUGGUUGAGACUUGAGAGCGCUGUGUUAAUGGAGGCAGCAAACAACAUGGAGGACACAAGCCUGCUCAUGGAAUGGGCGAUGGACACGCUGCUGCAGGAGGAGGAGGAGCCUGCGGCGCUCUACGACAGCUGCGGCGAGGCAGUAGCCGUCUUCCCCUCGUUGCAAGGGCUCCGCGACGCCUCCCACGCGGCGGAGAUGGUGCGGGAGCUGAUGGCCGCCGUCGAAACCGACGACGCGGCAAACAGCUGGACGACGAGCGGUUCUGGCGGCGAGGUCACCGACGGCGGCAGCAGCGGGGCCACUGACCCUGCAGCCCCCGCGGCUGCGGAGGCCGCGGAUUUCUACGGCGGCUCCGGGCCGCCACACUCGCCCAACUCGUUCCCGAGCGGCAAAACCAACACCAGUCUGCCCACGGUGAGGGUGAGCUGGAACUUCGUCACCGGCUCGGCGGCGGCGCAGCCUCGCAGCGACGGCGUGCUGGAGGAAGGCGCCGUCCCGAUACGCCGCGUGCCGCCGGAGCUGGCCCACCGCCGCCGGUCGCCGCCACCGCCGCCGAGAAGAGCCCACCACCCAACACGCGGCAUGGGAGCCGCGUCGUGCACGCCGGAACACAUCGUCGCGGAGCGCAAACGCCGGGAGAAGAUCAACAAUCGCUUGAUCGAGCUCUCCACCGUCAUCCCAGGACUCAAGAAGAUGGACAAGGCGACGAUCCUCUCCGACGCAGCCAAGUACGUGAAGGAGCUCCAGCAGCGGCUCAAGGCCCUGGAAGAGGCUGCCGCCGCCGCCGCCGGCAGCAGCAGGACCAAAGCGCCGACGACGACGGACGAGAAUGGCGGCUCCCGGUCGCCGACGUCGGCAUCGUCGUCGUCGGGGUCACCGGCGCUUCCGGAGAUCGAGGCACGCUUCUCCGAGAGGAGCGCGAUGGUGAGGAUCCAUUGCGGGGGCGGCAAAGGGGUGGCGGCGGCAGCGCUCGCCGUGGUCGAGGGCCUCGGGCUCACCGUCGUCCAUGCCAAUGUCAUGCCCUUCUCGAUUUGCACUAUCAUCAUAACCAUCACGGCAGAGUUGGAGGAGGGCAGCCUCAGCUUGACAACGGAGCAGAUUGUUGGCAAGCUUAAGUCUGCAUUAUCACAUUCAAACCAACAGUAGCUUCAGCUGCAGAGAUACAGAAAAUCGAUUCGAUCUACACUCUGCCUCGCUCUCCAUACUGGGCCCACCAGGGGUGGCUUCCGCAUGCGCUCUCUGCCCUAAUCUCCGCCUCGACGUGCCCUAAUCUCCGCUCCAAAUUCCGCCGGGGCCGCCGUCGCCGUCUUGACCGCCCAACCCUAUCUUCAGAAGUCUGCGCUUAAUUUUCCGCUCAAUUGUCCUUUGUGUACCACGCGUGAUCGAUGUGUUAUCACAAGAUAAGAAAUUGAAUUAGCCCCAAUUAAUGAGUGCCUGCAUUAGCAUUUCAGAAUCGUUUUAUUGUAAGUGCAUGCCGAACGAGUAUAUAUUCAAAUCUAAUGGUGUUAAGAUGGUUUGUUGUUCUUUCUA